AUGAACAUCCGUAGUUUUGCAACUGGAGUGAAUUCCAGUACCAGAGAUGAUUCUGCAGACGUUGGUGAAGAGGACAGCUUCUUGGGUCAGACUUCUGCCAGCACCAACCCACCACAGACCUUCAGCUAUUUCUCCCAAGUCCCCAGUAGCAGCGAUCCAUUCGGAAGUAUUGGGCAGCCACCCUUAACAACUGUUGCACCGCCUGUUGGAGGACCAGCCUUCUCCAGGCCUCCAACUUCACUUCCACAUGGGUCACAGAAUGGGCAAAAUGCCUUCUCUCCACACCUUCCCGGGACGCAGUCCUCUCACGCUGCGCCACCUACUUCCCAGGUUGGGAUUGCGGCCUAUCAGACUCCUCAGCAGAGCUGUCCCCCGCCUGCAAAUGCCUCUGCUCUUCCCCAGGGAACACCCCAGCAGGGAUAUAACCCCUACCGGCACACCACGCUGAGCAGCAGAGCUAAUCCCUACCUCACUCCACCGCAGCUGCAGCAGAGUCCUGCGCCUGCUCCCCCCCCGUCCUGUGUACCACCGGUCCAGAUGUAUCAGACACCUCCAGGGGCAUUGACACAGUUUCCACAGUCUCAGUCACAGCUCCCAGCUACCAGGCCUGCGGGUCCACUGGUCCAGGCACCUCCUGUUUUGCUGCAGAACCAAUAUGAGCCAGUUCAGCCCCACUGGUUCUACUGUAAGGAGGUGGAGGAUAAGCAGAUAUGGAUGCCAUUCAGCAUUCUGGAUUCUGCAAAGCUAGAGGAAGUCUAUAAUUCUGUCCAGCCUGAUCCUGAGAGCGUGGUGCUGAGCACUGAUGGGGGACGCUAUGAUGUGUUCCUGUAUGACAGAGUAAGGAAAGCAGUGUACUGGGAAGAGGAGCCUUCUGAAGUGAGACGCUGCGUGUGGUUUUAUAAAGGAGACAAGGACAGUCGGUUUAUUCCUUACACUGAGGACUUCAGUGAGAAGCUAGAGGCAGAAUAUAAAAGGGCUGUAACUACAAAUCAAUGGCAUCGACGACUUGAAUUCCCAAACGGGGAGACAAUUGUUAUGCAUAAUCCCAAGGUCAUAGUUCAGUUCCAGCCUUCUGCCACACCAGAUGAAUGGGGCACCACUCAAGAUGGUCAGGCAAGACCAAGGGUGGUGAAGCGUGGAAUUGAUGAUGACCACGAUGAAAUUCCUGAUGGAGAAAUGUCCCAAAUUGACCAUCUGGUAUUUAUGGUUCAUGGCAUAGGUCCUGUAUGUGACUUGAGAUUUAGAAGCAUUGUUGAAUGUGUUGAUGAUUUUAGGACCGUUUCUCUGAAGUUGUUGCAGACUCACUUUAAGAAAUCUUUAGAAGAACGUAAAGUGAGCAGGGUGGAAUUCCUCCCUGUUCACUGGCAUAGUUCUCUUCAUGGAGAUGCAACAGGGGUAGACAGGAACAUAAAAAAAAUCACGUUGCCGAGCAUCGGGCGCCUGCGGCACUUCACCAAUGAAACGCUCCUGGACAUCCUGUUUUACAACAGCCCCACCUACUGCCAGACCAUCGUGGAUAAAGUGGGGCUGGAAAUGAACCGUUUGUAUGCCCUGUUCAUGAGUCGCAACCCCGACUUCAAAGGAGGAGUCUCUGUGGCUGGCCACAGUUUAGGUUCUUUAAUUCUGUUUGACAUAUUGUCAAACCAGAAGGACUUGGCUUCAUCAGUAGAUACUGGACCAUUCUCUGGAGUUAAUGGGACUGUAAAGGACGUGGCUGGUCAUGAUAAACAGAUAACUGAAGAUACCAGUUCCCUGGGCUCCUCAGUCACUACUUCUGGUGAUGAUCUUUGUGAGCCUGAAGUAGAUGAUGAUGUUCCUACUUUGCAGAAGACUCUGGAGAUGCUUAGCUUGUCAGAAUAUGCAAACGUAUUUGAAAAGGAGAAAAUAGACAUGGAGUCUCUGCUCAUGUGUACAGUUGAUGACCUGAAGGAAAUGGGGAUACCUCUUGGACCAAGAAAGAAAAUAACUAAUUUUGUGAAAGACAGAGCAGCCAAGCAGGAACAAAAGAAAGCAGUAGCUGAAAAGAAAGCAGUGCUGGCUGCCACACUCCAAACUCAAGAAGAUGUCCAGAAAGCAAAAGAGACUUCUGUCUCCCCUUCAGAGUCAGGUCAGCUGCACUCAAAGAGGAAGCUUCCAGUUGGUGCAUCUGUUUCUUCUGUGAACAUUGACUACGAGUACUUUGAAGUUGGAACUGGCCAGGUUUCUGUGGUUUACAGUUCAUUGGACUUUGAGCCGGACAUUUUCUUUGCUCUUGGUUCUCCUAUUGGUGUGUUCCUUACUGUGAGAGGUGUGGAGAAGAUUGAUGAAAACUACAGGCUUCCUACCUGCAAGGGCUUCUUCAAUAUCUAUCAUCCACUUGAUCCAGUAGCUUACAGAUUAGAACCAAUGAUCGUUGAAGAUGUGGAUUUAAAACCAGUUCUUAUUCCACAUCAUAAAGGCAGAAAAAGACUUCAUCUGGAGUUGAAAGACUCUCUCUCUCGUAUGGGAUCUGAUCUGAAACAGGGUUUUAUUAGCUCUUUGAAGAGUGCAUGGCAGACCCUUAAUGAAUUUGCACGUGCUCAUACAUCUUCAACUCAGCUACAAGCAGAACUGGAGAAAGUAGCUAACCAAAUUAAAGAGGAGGAAGAAAAGCAAGUGGUAGAAGCUGAGAAGAUAACUGAAAGUCCAGACCCUCCAAAAGAUGAAGAUUUUUUAGGGAAGGUUGGAAUGCUAAACGGAGGACGUCGUAUUGAUUAUGUUCUGCAAGAAAAACCAAUAGAAAGCUUCAAUGAAUACCUUUUUGCUCUACAGAGUCAUUUGUGCUACUGGGGGUCUGAAGACACUGCCUUGCUGUUUCUCAAAGAAAUAUACAGGACUAUGAAUAUAAAUCCUGAACAGCCACAACAUUGAUGUAUAGAUGCAUACAUUUUGUUUGACAGACCUGGUGAAAAAUGCUCUGAAGAACAUCUAGUAUUUUCAUAGUGA